AUGGCCACAACCGCUACGUUUAAUGCCGCUAAUCAUGGGCUCCAGAUUGGAAACAACUCCGGUUCCAUCACAGCAGAAUUCCACGUGGCGCGGGCGUACACGACCGAAGACAUCGAUCGAGUCUGUCUCCGCGCUCUGCGCUGCCCGGACUCUCUGGCUGUGAAGAACCGCCUGAAAGAAAGCAAGGACAGAUUGAUCCACCAGUCCAUUCAGUGGAUUUUUGACGAUCCGCAGUACAAAGAUUGGGAAAAUGGGGACGAGGUCGGCCUGCUUUGGAUCAAGGGAGGCGCUGGGAAGGGGAAGACCAUGCUGUCAAUCGGUCUGAUCGAGCAGCUCGCCCGGGCGCAGGAUGAGUCCACCGCAGUGAUUUAUUCCUUCUGCCAGAAUGCCGACUACGAGCUCAAUACGCUGGAAGCCAUUCUCAAGGGGUUGAUUCUGCAGCUGGCGAAUCAGCAACCGGAGCUAAAAGAAUCGCUCCGUCGCCGGUGGGAUACUGUUCAGGAGACGUUCAGUGAGGAUGUGACCUCGUGGCAAUCGUUGUGGAACAUUCUUUUCGAGAUGCUAGCCCGGUGCAAGUACUCCCGGGUAUAUAUGGUCGUUGAUGCACUUGACGAGUGUCAGGAUGACGACGUGGUUGAAUUUCUUAAAUCCAUCGUGCGAAAGGGACUGGAUCAUCCCGGCAAAAUCAAGUGGGUAUUGACAAGUCGACCAUGGGACGGCGCAGAGAGGGUGUUAUUGGCUGGUCAGGACCAGGUGCAAAUUAAUCUGGAUGGGGAUCAUAAUUCCCGAUCUAUUUCAGGGGCUGUGCAGGCUUAUAUCACUUCGAAGGUGGAGGAGCUGAGUCGCCAGCACAAAUAUGGAGCGACUCUGAAGAGCGAAAUAAGGACCGAGCUUACUGAAAGAUCGGAAGGUACCUUCCUUUGGGUCAGCUUGGUGUGCAAGGCCCUGGAAAGUGUCUCCCGAGAUGACGCUUUGUCCACAGUGCAAAGCUUGCCGCCGGGUUUACAUCCGUUUUAUGAUCGGGUAUUGAACGAGCUCAACGAAAGCGAGUUGCCUGAAGUACAGAAGUGUAUGCGACUGCUCAAAGCUAUGAUGACGGUAUACCGGCCUUUGAAAGUCGAGGAAGUCUCUAGUGUGAUCGGGCUCAGCGACGACGAGGACACCAUUAGAGCAUUGGUCGAUAGCUGUGCGUCAUUUAUCCGGUUGCGCGAUGACAGUAUCGAGUUUGUUCAUCAGUCAGCUCGAGACUACUUGGCCGGAGAGAAUGUGCUGUCCAUACUCGACUCUCAUGGACGCUUCGGACAUGAAGAAAUUGUCCUCGCCUGUCUGUCCUAUCUAUCUGAAUGUCUCAAGCCCAACCUCGUCGACCUGCCGCGGCCCGAUGCCACGAGAAGCUCGAUAGAAACUUUGGAAAAUGGAGCAAGGAAUGGCAUACUGUCUCGCAUGGACUAUGCAGCUAUGUUCUGGGUGUCACAUCUCAUGAACGCAAGCAACGACAUCGACAAGAUCCAAGUUAGCGGAUUCCUACACGCAAGAUUGUUGGAAUGGCUAGAAUGCUUAAGUCUGCUGGACAGGCUCCCAAAGGCUAUUGACUCGUUGAGGACACUGGAAGGAAUAUUGAAAGACGACUCUCAAGCUUUGGCGUUGGUGCAGGAUGCUAUGCGUUUUUUGUUGCGCCAUUACCACACUUUGUCGCACUUGCCGCUACAAAUCUACAGCUCUGCCAUCAUUUUCAGUCCCGAGUCGAGUCUCGUGAAAGGACUAAACCUUGACAAAAUCCCUGUAUGGCUGAGAAGAGCGCCUCCCAUGGAGGCCAGUUGGACGCCUAUGAUACAGGCACUAGCAGGCCAUCUUGAACCUGUCAUGGUCAUUACCUUUUCACCUGACGGCAAGCAGAUAGCAUCAGGCUCUAGGGAUGGCAUAAUUAAGCUCUGGGAUACUGUCACAGGUAGCCUCCAGCAAACGCUUUCAGGUCACGAACACGAGCUUUCAGGUCACGAAUACGAGAUCGAAGCUAUGGCUUUCCUCCCAGAUGGCAAGCAGCUUAUGUCAUACUCUUAUCCGGGCCUUGUUAUGCUAUGGGAUACCACCACAGGCGAACAUCAGGGCUGUAUCAGCUUGCAGCCAACAGAAGAUCGCGAUCCUAGGCCCGCCACCCCUCGCGCCAAGGCUAUCUCGGCGGAUUGCAGGCAGAUCGCAGCAAUCGGUGAUUAUCGUGAUGAAUCUCAUAUCCUCCUUUUUGACGCGGCCACUGGAGACCUCCACAAGAUCUUUGCAGACCCUCCAGACGAACCCUUAUCUCUGGCCCUCUCGCCAGACGGUACGCAGCUUGUAUCAGGCUCCAUCGAGGGCACAGUCUGUCUCUGGGAUACUACCACAGGUGACGUUAAGAAAACACUGGUCGGCCACAGAGACAGGGUGUGGACUGUGGCCUUUUCAUCAGAUGGCAAACAGAUUGUAUCAGCCUCUUAUCAAACCAUCAAUCUCUGGAAUGCUGCAACAGGCGAGCUUCAGACGAGGCUGGCAUACCCUAACGCCUGGACCGCGGCCUUCUCACCCGAUAGUAAACAGAUCGCAGCAUGCUUUUCCGAUUGCAUGAUCUUCUGGGAUGCCGCAGGCAAUUUUCAAAAGACGCUAGCGUGCCAGGCGGAUCACGUUACGUGCAUGGCCUUUUCACCAAAUGGCAAGCAGAUCUUUACAGGCUCUGGUGACACCACUAUUAGGCGCUGGGAUAUCACCAUUAGUGCCACUCAGAACGUUGUGGGCCACUCAGGGAAGGUUGUCCGAGUGGCAUUCUCACCCGACGGCAGGGUGAUUGUGUCAGCCUAUACUGACUACACCGUCAAGCUUUGGGAUGCUGCCACGGGCGAUCUUCAGCGAACACUAGCAGGCCAUGAAGACUUUGUCUUUACUGUGCUCUUUUCACCAGACAACAGGCAGAUCGCCUCGAUGUCCGGCGAUGCAACCAAACUCUGGGAUGCUGCCACAGGUGACCUGCAGAACUCACUUGGAAGCGACGAUAAUUUCAGCGCUGUCACCUUCUCCCCGGACAGCAAGCUGAUCGCGACAGGCCAUGAGAGCGGCAAGAUCCGUCUCUGGGAUCCUAGCACCGGUGACCUUAAGAAGACGCUGGCAGGCCACAUGAACAAAGUUGGGUCCAUGACGGGGUUGGACUUUAUGUUCGAUACCAAGGUCACCAGAUUGGUCUUCUCACCUGACAGCAAGCUCGUUGCAUCAGCCUGCGAGGAUGGAAAAAUCAAACUUUGGGAUGCCAAAACGGGAGACCUCCAGAAGACACUAGACUGCGACUUCGAGAGCAUCGUUACUGCGGUCUCGGUGGCCCUCGUGACAGGGUACAUUGGAAACACAGAUAUCAUCUCAAUGGCCUUUUCAUCAGACAGCCAGCAGAUUGCAGCGGUUUGUGAUGAUCAAUCCAUCAAGGUCUGGAACAUCAAAAAACUGCUCAAAGCCUCACGAUUUCUGGGACGCGCUGUCGCUAGUCAUAUCAAGUCGACUCGGCCAUGGAAAGAGAUUAAGACGUCAGAGCAAGUGUAUAGCGUGAAAUUCGCAGCAGGCAACCGCUGCCUUGAAACUGCCAUUGGGCCAAUAUCACUUGAGAGUACCGCAUCGGAGGAAGGGGAGGAGGAGAAACUGCCAGUGAAGUCGGAUCCGGACUCAUUACAGAACCUCUAUGUCAGGGGAGAGUGGAUAUUCUAUGGGACCAUGCCCUUCCUUCGGCUGUUACCUGAUUUCCAGGCUUGUCCCUGUGAUGUGCUCGGCGAUCAAGUGGUUAUUGGAUCCAAAACAGGUGUAGUUGCUAACUUCGACGUUGAUCGACGGAUCCUACACCAAUACUGGGAACACUUCAGCAAUGAAGGCAAUCGCCCAGCAGCGGGUUAG